AUGUCGUCCCCGCACUCACCUAUCAAGCGAUUGCUGGUCGCCAACAGAGGAGAAAUCGCCGUCCGCAUCCUCCAUGCAGCAAGAGAAUUACCCAAUCAAGUCGAGACAUACGCACUCUAUACAACAGACGACAGAACACACUGUGAUCUAGGCCGACCCCAACAAGCAAUCCAAAUCCCCUCAGCAGCCACCUACCUUGACAUAACCCACCUAGUAAAUCUAGCGCGCAAGCACUCCAUCGACGCUGUACACCCAGGCUAUGGCUUCCUCAGCGAAAGUGCCGAGUUCGCCGAGCGGAUGUGGCACGAAGCCGGCGCAAUUGUCAUAGGACCCGGCUGGGAGAACCUCGCCCGAACAGGUGACAAGCUCCAAGCGAAACAGCUUGCACGGCAAUGUGGUGUUCCUGUUCUAGAAGCUAUGGCACAGCCCACCGCUAGUGUGGAUGAAGCGGGUGCGUUUGCUCGCGCUGUUGGGUUUCCUGUUAUGAUUAAGGCCGUUGAUGGUGGUGGUGGGCGUGGCAUUCGGCUUGUGCGUGAAGAGGCUGAGUUGGAUAAUGGCAUUCAGCGUGCUAUUGGGGAGUCGCCUUCGCAUACGGUGUUCGUUGAGAAGGCUGCUGUUGAUGGGUUUCAUCAUGUUGAGAUUCAGAUUGUUGGUGAUGGCACGGGGCAGGUGAGGCAUCUGUGGGAGCGAGAUUGUAGUGCUCAACGACGGUUUCAGAAGGUUGUUGAGUGUGCUCCUGCUUUGAUGGAUCGGGCGUUGAUUGGGCGAGUGAUUGAGUCUGCGAUUAAGAUGGCGAAUCAUAUUUGCUACAAGUCGCUUGGGACGUUUGAGUUUUUGGUCAGUGAGUUGCGCGGGGAGUUUUAUUUCUUGGAGGUCAAUCCUCGUCUUCAGGUUGAGCAUACUAUCACCGAAGCUAUCAGUGGGAUAGACUUGGUGCAGACGCAGCUUUUGUUGGCGCAGGGAUAUACGUUCACGGAAUUGGGCCUUGGUGAUGCGACUAAUGCAUUCAAUACUCCACCAAAUUCCUUCUCCGUCCAACUCAGAUUGUGUGCCGAGGACCCUAGCAACAACUUCGCUUUGAGCAUUGGCAAGGUGACUCGAUUCAGUGUCCCAAGCGGAAAUGGAAUACGAGUCGAUACCAAUGUCAAUAUCACCGGUUCCCCAUUGAUCGUGGGAUCUAAUUUCGACAACCUAUUGGCGAAGAUUAUUGUCACAGCACCAACCUGGGAAGCAGCCGUGAGAAAGGCUCAGAGAGUCCUGGCCGACUCCCGCAUAGACGGGGUGAAAACCAACAUCAAUCUGCUCCGGGGAAUCGUGGCCCAUCCUGAUUUCAUGUCCGGCAGAGUCGACACACAAUGGCUCGGGUUGAGUCUCAAGUCUAUACUGCAGCACGGAGAGAAUAUAUCGAAGGCUCUACAGAUGCAAGAGGGAUCUACUGCCCCCUCACAGGCAAUCACACAGAGUACCCUGCCAGCAUCCAAUCUACUAUUCCAAAAGGGAGAUGCGUGGUCCAUCACGUUGGAGCCUCUCUCAGAGGACCAACAAGCAGAUAAAGUAUCCCAUCAUCUCCUCCUCUCUCGGGUACUGCGCAAUGAAUUCCCCACUUCUCUAGCCGCCGAGAUCGAAUAUACCACACCAACAUCCCGUACAGCAAUUCCCUACCGGAUGAAACUCGAAACAACAUCAACAGCCGCGUCAGCAUUGGUCUCCUCAUCCCACCGACGAGGCGAUAUAAAGAACCCCCAGCACAUCGUCCUCCCUCUUUCCGGCAAACUGAUCGAGGUUCUCGUGGCCGACGGCGAAGAUGUUGCCAAGAACCAGGUCCUGGCUUUCGUUAAGCAGAUGAAGAUGGAGCUGGAGGUACGCAGCCCUCGUGCUGGACGGGUUAAGUGGGUUCAUGAGAUGGAGGAUGAGGAGGAGGAUGUUGCUGAGGGUAUGUUGUUGGUUGAAUUGGAGCCGAGUGGUGGCCAUGUGGAACCUGACCUUCAACUGUGCAAGGAACCUUGUCGAUGUCGACCAUUUCGCGCAACACUUUUUCGAUGCGCUCCCCGCGUCGGGUGGGGGAGCUCCGCACCAGACCUAAUAUUCCUCUCACUACAAGAAAUCGCACCCAUCGCCUACUCGUUCCUCGGAGGAUCCUACCUCCAGCCUUACUUCGAUGCAUUCCGACGCGCCGUUAGCAAAGCGGCCGCGCGCCGUUGGGACCAUCACUACGAGAAUUUCCUCAGCGAUAAUACCGGCAUGACCGGCCUGAUGCUCUUCGCGCGCCACGAUACCCUCGAGCAGAUCGCCUGGAAGGACACAGCACAUGUCGGAUUUGGAGUUUCGGAAAUGGGAAACAAAGGUGCUGUCGGCGCUCGUCUGGGGUAUGUCGUGGAAGCGAACCCGACCAAGACUGUCGAUCUGACUUUUGUCGCGGCGCAUCUGGCCCCCAUGGAGAAUUCCUUUGAACAAAGGAACAUGGACUGGAAAAGUAUUGUUGAGCGCCUUGUAUUCACGCACUACCCGGGCGUGCAACCAGAGUCAGAAGUCAGCGAACAAACCGGCCUCCUGAACGACGCAGCCUCAGCACACUCCGACCACAGUCGUCGCGACCUCUUCGCGCCAAACGCCUACCUCUUCCUCGCUGGAGACCUCAACUAUCGCACCUCAGACACUGGACCAUCGCUCAAGGAGAUAGUGAACUUCCCACGGCGCAACGCGGGCCUGGACGACCCAUCGCACUACACACACCUGCUAAAGAAUGACCAGCUCACGCGCGAGAUGCGAUCCGGCCGAUGUUUCCACGGGCUAGCAGAAGCGCCGAUUGACUUCCCCCCAACAUACAAAUACUCGGACGCAGCACGCGAAGCCGCACGACAGGGGUUGGACACAGACCAGGAAUGGAAAUGGUCCAGCCACCGCUGGCCCAGCUGGUGCGAUCGAAUCCUCUACCUGGACACGCCCUCAUGGGUAGGUGAAGGUGGAAAAGUACAAACAUUCGCAUAUGAAGCACUGCCUCUCUUUGCACAGUCAGAUCAUCGCCCCGUUGCGCUCGUAGCUUCCGUGCCGCUGAAACCCUCCGAGAAUCACACGAGACCGGAGACGCGAGAUGUCGCUCCGUUCUCCCUUGAUCCGAAUUGGCAGGCUAGGCGGGACAUGGCGCGUCGGAAGGAGGUGGUGGUGGGUGUUGCUGCGUAUCUGGGGCUGACCUGGGAAGGCAACCGAUUGUUGUUUGUGCUGGUGGGGGGUAUCUUCGGGGCAUGGAUGCUUCUUCGAUCUAUGGAGGUUUGA